AAAUUCAUUUAUAAGAUAUGUAAUAGAAUUAUGAUACAAAUAUCCUCUAUGGAAUUUGCAUAACCUCUAAACCAAGAAAAUGAUGAAAAGCCCCCAUAUCUAACAUCUCGAAUUUGUUUUGCAUUUUUUCUUCUAACUCAAGAAUUGAUGAGCUUGUGUAGAUUGAAUCAUCAACAUACAAGCAUACGAUAACUGGAUUUGUUGACAUAAAGAAUAGGUUCUUUUAUGCUUUUCACAUACCUGUCUGCUUGAAAGUGGUUGUCAAUUAUGUUGUACCAUUCCCUCGGAGCUUACUUUAAGCUAUACGAUGCUUGAUGCUUGAUGCUUUAUGCAACAUGUAUACUUUUUUUUCCCUUCACAUCGAACCCAUGUGGUUAAACAUUAACUUGUGCCCCGACAAAUAAUGCUGUGUUAGAAGUUACAAAACGUUUCAUGAGUCUUGUAACAGGUUCACUCAAGGAUGCCCCUUAUGGUUAUGGAGACAUAGUUAUAUUUGGGAAUGGUAAACGAAUGAAAAUCGAUGAUUUUCAAGAACUCAGUCAAGUGUUUCUUGAAAGCCGCGUAUCUGCUCUUGCUGCAUCUUUGUCUCCAACUUCUGGUUGGAGAAGCAAGGCAGAAUCAAUGAAACGUUUGCUGAAAUCCCCGAAAGAUGAAUACAAUUUGUACUUACGCGAGUUUGAGACCAGGGAUGUUAGGAAGGAAAAGGUGAUUGAAAAAAAAUUAUCUUAUAAUGACUUUGUCACAAAAAGAUUACAUGUUCUUGCAGAAAAACUGACAACUAUGGUUAGGAACUUGUACACACACAUGCCAACUUCUUUUGUUAGUUUACAACUGGCAAAGAAAAUGAUGAGAGUUAUCAGCUUGGUUCAAUCGGUCGAUAUUCCCGUUAUCAAUCGGCUUGGCGUUUCUGAAGAAACAGCGGUCACGAAGGAGUUCCUUCAAAUAGGCGAGGAAGUCCUUCGUGAAACCGUUUCUUUCCCUAUAUUCACCGAUCAUCAAGUAAUUGGAAAUUUUUGUUUGAAAAAUGCAUGUUUGGUGUUCUGCACUGCCUCGAGCUCAAGUAGAUUGCUCACCCUUGAUCAGACUAAUGUUGAAUUAUUGGUAGUUGAUGAAGCUGCUCAACUUAGAGAAUGUGAAUCUGUUAUCCCUUUGCAACUCUCUAGUCUUCGUGAUGUUAUACUCAUUGGAGAUGAAAAACAACUUCCUGCUAUGGUUACAAGCAAGAUAUGUGAGAAGGCGGAGUUUGGAAGGAGUUUAUUUGAGAGAUUAGUGUCGUUAAAACACUCGACACACUUACUAAAUGUCCAGUAUAGAAUGCAUCCUAUGAUAAGCUUGUUUCCAAACCAAAAAUUCUAUGGGAAUAAGCUGCUUAACGGUCCAAAUGUACAAGAAAAUAGCUAUGAAAAACAGUUUCUUGACGGACGCAUGUUUGGAGCAUACUCUUUUAUUCAUUUAGCCCAUGGGAAAGUCGAGUAUGACCAAACUAAUAGUAGGAGAAACAUGGUGGAAGUAGCUGUCAUUGUUGAGCUACUCACAAAGCUUCAUAAAGAAUCUUUCAAGAAAAACCAAAAGAUUAGUGUCGGUUGCAUUGCACCAUACAAAGCUCAAGUUACAGCAAUACAAGAAAAACUUGGAAACAUUUAUCAAACUAGAGAAGCAGGAGGUGACUUUUCGGUGAAGGUUGGAACCGUUGAUGGAUUCCAAGGUUGUGAAGAAGAUGUGAUAAUCAUAUCAACUGUGACUGGUGUCGGGAGUGAAUUGAUUGGUUUUCUUGGUACACGUCAAAGAGCGAAUGUGGCUCUAACCCGAGCAAGGCACUGCCUGUGGAUACUCGGAAAUGGAGACACUUUGAAGUAUAGCACGCCGGUCUGGAAGCAUUUAGUGGACAACGCCAAGGUUCGUGGUUGUUACCACGAGGCUGACCAGGACGAGUGUUUGAGUCGAUUGAUCACAAAGACCUUAGUCGAGCAUUGUAGUGAUGAAACAUUGAACCGCUGCAAAGGAAAGCACCACGAUGAAAGGAAUUCAGAGGUUCCAAAGAUUCAACCGAAGGUGUUAGAGAAAGGGUCCUUGUCAAAUCAAUUUGCUGCAAUGAGUUUUACAAAGACCUCAGUCGAGCAUAGUAGUGAUGAAACAUUGAACAGUUGCAAAGGAAAGCACCAUGCUGAAAGGAAUUUAGAGGUUCCAAAGAUUCGGACGAAGCCGCUAGAGAAAGGGUCCUCAUCAAAUCAAUUUGUUGCAGUGAGUUCUACAAAAGAAGUGGGAUCUUCUUCUUCAUUAUCGCCAUCGGGGUCAACCAAAACAAGUGGUUAUACUUGUCAAAUAUUAUAAUUUGUAUGAAAAUGUUACGAGGCUUGUAUGAAUUAUGAAAAACCCAGCUCAUAAGCUGGUACGUUUGUAUUUAUGUGAUGCUAGAUUGUGAUCAGUUCUGUAUAAACAUAAUGGAAAACAUAUAGAAAUACCCGUAAUCGCAGACAGA